CGCCUCCGGACCCGGAAGUUCCCGCGCUGCCGCUGGUGGGAGUUGUAGUCCGGCCGUGGUUACGGGGGGGCCCGCGGCUCAUGCGCGGUGCAUCGAGGCUUGUUUCACAUCUGUAACAACAGGAGGAGGCCCAGCCUCGUGAUGAGGAAUAGCAAGGAGAGAGUUCAGCUGCAGUUCCGACGCCUGCAGAAGCUGAGGUCUUCACUGCUCUCGUAAGGGUUCCAGCUUCCCUCCUGCCAGAGAUGUUCAGCCUGGACUCAUUCAGAAAAGAUCGGGCCCAGCACAGGCAACGUCAGUGCAAACUCCCCCCACCCCGCCUCCCACCCAUGUGUGUCAACCCUGCCCCCGGAGGGACCAUCUGUCGAGCUUCCCGGGACCUGUUGAAAGAGUUCCCGCAGCCCAAGAACCUCCUCAACAGCGUGAUCGGAAGAGCCCUGGGCAUCUCACACGCAAAAGACAAGCUCGUCUACGUGCACACAAACGGACCCAAGAAAAAGAAAGUCACCCUCCACAUCAAGUGGCCCAAGAGCGUGGAGGUGGAAGGCUAUGGCAGCAAGAAGAUCGACGCGGAGCGGCAGGCUGCCGCCGCCGCCUGCCAGCUGUUCAAGGGCUGGGGCCUGCUGGGCCCCCGGAACGAGCUGUUUGAUGCCGCCAAGUACCGUGUGCUGGCCGACCGCUUCGGCUCCCCGGCCGACAGCUGGUGGCGCCCAGAGCCCGCCAUGCCGCCCACUUCCUGGCGGCAGCUGAAUCCCGAGAGCAUCCGGCCAGGGGGGCCUGGGGGCCUGUCCCGCUCCUUGGGCCGAGAGGAAGAGGAGGAGGAGGAGGAAGAGCUAGAAGAGGGGACCAUCGAUGUCACUGACUUUCUGUCCCUGACCCAGCAGGACACCCCACUCAGGGGGGGUUCCCUUGAAAUGACAGACGAUGACAGUGCUAUCAGGGCUCUGACCCAGUUUCCGCUUCCCAAGAACCUUCUGGCCAAGGUGAUCCAGAUCGCAACCUCGUCCUCCACGGCUAAGAACCUCAUGCAGUUUCACACCGUGGGCACCAAGACCAAGCUGGCCACCCUCACGCUGCUCUGGCCCUGCCCCAUGACCUUCGUGGCCAAAGGCCGCCGCAAGGCAGAGGCUGAGAACAAGGCGGCGGCCUUGGCCUGCAAGAAGCUGAAGAGCCUGGGCCUGGUGGACCGGAACAACGAGCCCCUCACCCACGCCAUGUACAACCUGGCCUCCUUGCGUGAGUUGGGUGAGACCCAGCGCCGGCCGUGUACCAUCCAGGUGCCUGAGCCCAUUCUCCGCAAGAUCGAGGCCUUUCUGAACCAGUGCCCUGUGGACCACGCGUGGGUCUCCCCGGAGCUGCGGCUGCAGAGUGAUGACAUCCUGCCCUUGGGCAAGGACGCGGGGCCCCUGAGUGACCCCAUCACCGGCAAGCCCUACCUGCCCCUGUCCGAGGCAGAGGAGGCGCGGCUGAGCCAGAGCCUGCUGGAGCUGUGGCGGCGGCGAGGGCCCGUCUGGCAGGAGGCCCCGCAGCUGCCCGUGGACCCGCAUCGGGACACCAUCCUCGGCGCCAUCGAGCAGCACCCGGUGGUCGUCAUCUCGGGGGACACGGGCUGCGGGAAGACCACGCGCAUCCCCCAGCUGCUGCUGGAGCGCUACGUGACGGAGGGCCGCGGCGCCCGCUGCAACGUCAUCGUCACCCAGCCGCGCCGCAUCUCGGCCGUGUCGGUGGCGCAGCGCGUCAGCCACGAGCUGGGCCCCGCCCUGCGCCGGAGCGUGGGCUUCCAGGUGCGGCUGGAGAGCAAGCCGCCGGCGCGGGGCGGGGCCCUGCUCUUCUGCACCGUGGGCAUCCUGCUGCGCAAGCUGCAGAGCAACCCCAGCCUGGAGGGCGUGAGCCACGUCAUCGUGGACGAGGUGCACGAGCGCGACGUGAACACGGACUUCCUGCUGAUCCUGCUCAAGGGCCUGCAGCGCCUCAACCCGGGGCUGCGGCUGGUGCUCAUGAGCGCCACCGGCGACAACGAGCGCUUCUCCCGCUACUUCGGGGGCUGCCCCGUCGUCAAGGUGCCCGGCUUCAUGUUCCCCGUCCAGGAGCACUACCUGGAGGACAUCCUGGCCCGGCUGGGGAAGCAGCCGCCCCUGCACCGGCGGCACCAUGAGUCUGAGGACGAAUGUGCACUCGACUUGGACCUCGUGACCGACCUGGUUCUGCACAUCGAUGCCCGUGGGGAGCCAGGUGGGAUCCUCUGCUUCCUGCCGGGCUGGCAGGAGAUCAAAGGGGUGCAGCAGCGCCUGCAGGAGGCCCUGGGCCUGCAUGAGAGCAAGUACCUCAUCCUGCCAGUGCACUCCAACAUCCCCAUGAUGGACCAGAGGGCCAUCUUCCAGCAGCCGCCCGCCGGGGUGCGCAAGAUCGUCCUGGCCACCAACAUCGCCGAGACCUCCAUCACCAUCAACGACAUCGUGCACGUGGUGGACAGCGGUCUGCACAAGGAGGAGCGCUACGACCUGAAGACCAAGGUGUCCUGCCUGGAGACGGUGUGGGUGUCACGAGCCAAUGUGAUCCAGCGCCGGGGCCGGGCCGGCCGCUGCCAGUCCGGCUUCGCUUACCACCUGUUCCCGCGGAGCCGGCUGGAGAAGAUGGUCCCGUUCCAAGUGCCGGAGAUCCUGCGCACGCCCCUCGAGAACCUGGUGCUGCAGGCCAAGAUCCACAUGCCCGAGAAGACGGCGGUGGAAUUCCUCUCCAAGGCCGUGGACAGCCCUAACAUCAAGGCGGUGGACGAGGCUGUGAUCUUGCUGCAGGAGAUCGGGGUGCUGGACCAGCGGGAGUACCUGACCACCCUGGGGCAGCGCCUGGCCCACAUCUCCACGGACCCCCGGCUGGCCAAGGCCAUCGUGCUGGCCGCCAUCUUCCGGUGCCUGCACCCGCUGCUCGUGGUGGUUUCCUGCCUCACCCGGGACCCCUUCAGCAGCAGCCUGCAGAACCGCGCCGAGGUGGACAAGGUGAAGGCCCUGCUGAGCCACGACAGCGGCAGCGACCACCUGGCCUUCGUGCGGGCGGUGGCCGGCUGGGAGGAGGUGCUGCGCUGGCAGGACCGCAGCUCCCGCGAGAACUACCUGGAGGAGAACCUGCUCUACGCGCCCAGCCUGCGCUUCAUCCACGGACUCAUCAAGCAGUUCUCCGAGAACAUUUACGAGGCUUUCCUGGUGGGGAAGCCCUCGGACUGCACCCUGGCCUCCGCCCAGUGCAACGAGUACAGCGAGGAGGAGGAGCUGGUGAAGGGCGUGCUGAUGGCGGGCCUCUACCCCAACCUCAUCCAGGUGCGGCAGGGCAAGGUGACCCGGCAGGGCAAGUUCAAGCCCAACAGUGUCACGUACAGGACCAAAUCCGGCAACAUCUUGCUGCACAAGUCAACCAUCAACAGGGAGGCCACGCGGCUGCGGAGCCGAUGGCUGACGUACUUCAUGGCCGUCAAGUCCAAUGGCAGCGUCUUUGUCCGGGACUCGUCCCAGGUGCACCCCCUCGCCGUGCUGCUCCUGACCGACGGGGACGUCCACAUCCGUGAUGACGGGCGCCGGGCCACCAUCUCGCUCAGCGACAGCGACCUGCUGAGGCUGGAGGGCGACUCGCGCACGGUGCGGCUGCUGCGGGACCUGCGCCGGGCCCUGGGCCGCAUGGUGGAGCGGAGCCUGCGCAGCGAGCUGGCCGCGCUGCCCCUCGAGGUGCAGCAGGAGCACGGGCAGCUGCUGGCCCUGCUGGUGGAGCUGCUCCGGGGGCCCUGCGGCAGCUUCGACGUGCGCAAGGCGGCCGACGACUGAGCCCCGCUCUGAGGGCUGUGUACAGAGUGCAGAUGUUUAUUUAAAAUAAAGUUCUAUUUAUCCCUUGUGA